CGUCAUUUACCACAGGCACCACUGCAACCUACGAUCUUGUCAACUCUGUCUAUACGCUUUGAACAGACUCAUUCCUCGCGCUUUAGAGAGCGAAAGAGAAAGAGAACCUUCACAAAUAAGACCGGCAGCUUGAAUAGUCCCACUGCAGCUGCCUCGUCUCGAACAUAAUGCGGCCAUAUUGAGCGCCACAACUAUCCAGUUGUUAUUCAAGCCCAGUCGAAAUAUCCUAUUCUCCAUAUAUAAACUACAACAAUGAACGCAAUCCGUCAAACCCAACUUUUGAACAAACGCGAGCUCGAAAAUGCCACACCACCCUCUGCCUCCUGGCACGCCGACUACCGCGACACCGCAUGGAUUUACGUCGGCGGUCUCCAUUCCGAUCUCACCGAAGGGGACGUGGUCACCAUCUUUUCGCAGUUUGGCAAUCCCACACACCUGAAUCUAAUCCGGGACAAAGAGACGGGCAAGAGCAAAGGAUUCGGGUUUCUCAAAUAUGAAGACCAGCGCAGUUGCGAUCUCGCCGUGGACAAUCUGGGCGGUGCGGAAGUUCUAGGGAGAUUGUUGAGGGUGGAUCACACGAGAUACAAGAAGAAGGAUGAUGAAGAUGAAGAUACUUAUCGCAUUGAUCGAUGGGAGCAAGAAGUCGAGGCCGACGCAGGGAUGAAGAACGGAGAUGCUACGGACAGCGAAGAUGUGGAUGAUGAUGACGAGGAAAGACAUCGCAGAAAGAAGUCUAAAAGAAGGCGAUUGUUGAAGGAAGAAGAGGAAUUGGAGGAGAUGUUGGCAAUCAAGCAAGAUGGGGAAGAGGAGGAUCCUAUGCGAGAAUAUCUCAUUCGAGAGAAGCGGGAGGAGGUUGAAAGAGCUCGGGAGCGGGAACGAGAACGAGACAGGGAAAGGCACUCAAGGCGCCAUAAACAUAGGCAUCGACGGAGAGAAUCAGAGGGGUCAGAGGAGGAAGAUCGCGAAAAGAGACAUCAUCGACGGCGAGAAGCAGAUGGAUCAGAGAACGAGGAAGACCACGAAAGGAGACAUCACCGACGACGGCACACUCAAAAAGGUGGCGACCGCGAUGAUGAAAAAGAUUAUCAGGAGAGAAGCGAAGAACGACGGCACAAGGAUACCCACGAUCGCCGGCAUGGAAGUGAUCUCGACGACCGUGAUGACCGUCAUGAUGGACGGAAACGGAGAUAUUCGAGGGAUAACAGAGACGAUGACUACGACGACCGAAGCCACAGGCGCCGAGAAGACCGCGAUUCUCGCUACGACUAUUACCGCGAUCGCGAUCGCCGUCAAGAAAGCUAUCGAGAUAAUAGUAGGGAGAGGAAAUCAUCACGGGAUAGACGCUCAAGGCGUGGCGACGACUGAAUUGGGGAGUGUCUGUCCUGUUCGAACCGCGUACGUCGACGACCUUCAAUCUGCCUGGCUUGCUUUCCAUGCCUUUCAAAGAGCCACUGAACAAGUCACGCAAAGAGGCGGAGGCUGAGCUUAGCUGUAGCUGGCUGCUGCUGCUUCCUCGAGCAGCUGGACCCCCUUCUCACGCAGCUUGAAUUUCUCUGUGAAAGGCCCUGAUUAGUGAUGCUGAACCAUACAAAAUACUUGAUUGAUCGAAGCAAAGAUAUACGCCAGCAGUUUGGAGAGGUCAACUUACGAAUCUUUCCACUUGCGGUCUUUGGAUAGUCAUCCACAAAGAAGACAUACUUAGGGACCAGAUGAUGGCUCAUACGAUCCCUAACCCAGCGCUUGACCUCUUCGGUAGUGAUGGGGGUUUGACCGGCGGGUAAAUGGUGCCUGCGAACAAUAAAGGCGGCGACGACUUCACCAUAUUUUUUAUCCGGCAAUCCAACCACACUGACUUCUGCUAUUUUGUCAUUGGCAAAGAGACAAUUCUCAAUUUCCAGAGGAUGAAUGUUUUCACCACCACGGAUGAUCAGGUCCUUAAUACGACCAGUAAUGCUCACAUAACCGUCCUCAUCGAUCGAAGCUUCAUCACCAGUAUGCAUCCAUACCUUGCCCUCCUGGUCUGCCUUCAUGACCUCGGCGGUCUUGUCCGGUUGGCCCCAAUACUCCUUCAUGACCAAGUAUCCAUGGACGGCCAAUUCACCUCGUUCGCCUAUAUUGAGGAGUUUGUCGUGAUCGAAUGGAUCCACGACUUUUGCUUCCACAUGUGGGAGGAGUCGGCCGACGGUAUUGAUCCGCUUGUCGAUCGGGUCGUCGGUCGUUGUCAUGGCCGACACCGGCGAGGUUUCGGUCAUUCCAUAGCAGAUGGUCAGCUCGGUCAGAUUGAGCGUCUUGUGGAGUCUGCGCAUCAAUUCGGCAGGCACCGAUGACCCCGCGGCAAUACCUGUCCGCAAAUGCUCAAAGCCUUCGUAGGCGAUCUUCUCGUCGUCAAUCAGCUCGAGCUCAGCAAGAAACAUGGUGGGCACUCCAUAGAGAGCCGUUGCCUUUUCCUCCUGCACGGCUUUCAGCGUGGCCAUGGGAUCGAACGCCUCGGUCGGGAACAGUAUGGCUGAGCCAUGCGUCGGGGUCGCCAUGUACCCGAGAAUACAACCGAAGCAAUGGAACAGAGGCGGUGGACAGCAGACAAUGUCCCGUGGUGUCAAAUGCAUCCGAUCACCGAUCUGAUUGCCGUUGUUGAGGAUCGACCGAUGCGUCAGACAGGCAGCCUUGGGAGUCGACGUCGUCCCCGACGUGAAUUGGAUAUUUACGACUUCUCGAUUCGAAAGCGGCUCAGACAGUAUCACCGGACUGCUGUCCGAGUCUUUGGAAAUAGCCGACCAGGGCGUGAUGGCCCGGAAUUUCGUUGUAUCGAUACGCCCGGCCGAAUUGUUCACGACGACAAUAUGCUUCAGGGUCGGGAUUGCUUCUGACGAGAUACAUGGGCUUGAUGUUGCCAGGUCCGGUACCAGAGAUUCCAAAAGUGGCACAUUGGAUCGAGGCGGCUUGUAUGGUAGAUUCGUCUCGGUCCCAAUGACUAGAUGCGUGGCGGAUAAAUGGUUAAGCGCUGAAAUGAUCUGGGCCGAUGUGAAUGCCGGGUUCAGCGGGACCAGGAUGGCUCCCAGCUUAAACAGGGCGUAUGUGAUGGUUGCAAAUUCCAAGUUGUUCCCUAGUGAUACGCAUACCCUGUCGCCUUUGCCGACUCCAAGGCUUGCAAGGCCCCUGGCCAACACGUUACUGUCUCGAUCGAGCUGGUCGUAUGUCAGACGUUCGUUCUGGUGUCGCGAUAUCACGGCCUGUCGGUCGCCGUGGGCUGAUACAAUGCGUGCGAAGUUCUCCCCGACGGUUUCCUCGAGCAGUGGAGGGGAAAGAGGUCCUUUUACUCUCGCUAGUGUUGAAAGCUUAAGCCCGGGCCGAAGAAGACAAGGUGAACGGCUGCAUGGCUGUUGUACCAGGUACGAGGACUGGGACCGCGUUCGAUAGAGGGCCCGCAUGGUCACGGUUCCGUAGACAGCAUCGUCCUCCCACGAUGAACAUGAACGUUGCUGAUGGCAGAGCACACUGUGCUAUACCUCUAGCUGGGUAGUAGUACCCAGCGAUUCUUUGUGCUAUUGUUGAUAUCACUACACAGUCCUAUUAC